AUGACCAAGUUGGUAACAGACAUUAAAGAAAAGCUAAAGCUCUCUAAAAAGUUCUGGUCAACCUUACCCUACACAAUCUGCAAGGAUGAGCGAGUGACAGCCGGUCCAUCAGUCGAGGAGGACUGCUGGAAUGGUCACACCAAGGCGAGAUACUUGCCUGAGAUUAUGAACGAUGGCUUGACCAACCAGAUCAACAAUCCAGAAGUAGAUGUGGACAUCACAAGGCCAGACACCUUCAUUCGACAACAAAUCAUGGCUUUACGUGUCAUGACUAACAAACUGAAGAAUGCGUAUAAUGGAAAUGAUGUCAACUUCCAGGAUACAAGUGAUGAAACCAGCGGCUCAGGCAGCGGAAGCGGCUGUACGGAUGACAUCUGUCCCACCGAGUUUGAUUUCGUCACCACUGAAGCACCACCGGUUGACUCCGACAGGAGGGAGGUGGAGGCUUCAGCCACACAGCCUGGUUGGUCACUGCAGAUAUUGUUUGUCAUCUUCAUCAGUCUCAUUCUGCAGAGACAGUGGAGAUAA